AUGUUAAUAUAUUAUACUUUUUUUAUCCUCUUGAAGUUGGUUUUAUCAAUCAAGCCCAAUUUCUCCCAGUCUUUGAACAACCUUGGAGUGGUCUACACAGUUCAGGGUAAAAUGGAUGUUGCUGCUAGCAUGAAUAAAUCGAUUCUUGCAAUGAACUACAUUAAUGAAGGAAUGGAUGAAAAACUGUUUGAAGCUCACAGAAAUGUAUUGCAAGAUGAAGCUGGGCGUCUUAAAGUGGCAGACUUUGGGUUGAGCAAAAUUGCACAGGAGAAAGAUGUUUAUGGUUACAAAAUGACUGGAGGAACUGGAUCAUAUCAGUAUAUGGCUCCUGAAGUAUAUCGGCGAGAAUCUUAUGGCAAGAGUGUUGAUGUUUUCUCGUUUGCUUUGAUUAUUCAUGAAAACCUCAUAAAUCUAGUUGGCUCCAAGAGCUCUAAAGCUGAAACUACUGGUAUUCGUACAAAAGAAGGGGCCUACAUAAAUAAAAGCCUGCUAACUUUUGGAACUGUUAUAUCAAAACUAUCAGAUGGGAGGGCUGCUCAUAUACCAUACAGAGACUCAAAAUUGACCAGACUUCUUCAGUCUUCUUUAAGUGGUCAUGGAAGGGUAUCUAGUAGGUUGGCAUUGAAACUUGAUGGCUUGUUUUUAGCAGCUAUUUUUGGUGGAGAAACACUAAAAGAGUUGAGAAUUGCAUGCACUAUAGCACACAUGGAACGUGAAGGUGGCAUGACUUCUAGAGAAACAGAGAAGGUUGUAGAUGAUCCUCAACUUCCUGUUUUGCAUCGUGCUCUUGUUGAAACAAGUGCAGAAGUACAAAGAUCUGAACAAGUUGUUGUGAAGAAUAAAGAAACCCUAAAUCAACUAAAAGAACUCAAUGCUGAACAAGAAAGAGAUGUGGAGCGUGUUCGCCAAAGAGAUGAACUUUAUAGACACUGA